AUGAUGCUGCCACCCACAGUUCCCGAUUUCCGUUCCCCAACGACCGGCCUAUACGCCAAUCUUGCUCGUCUGAAUCUGCCAUAUGCAGAAGCAGUGUUCGACAUUUCAUACUUCCGACAGAAGCCUGAGCCUUUCUAUGUGCUCGCCAAGGAGCUGUAUCCAGGCAACUAUGCCCCUACAAUCUCUCAUGUCUUCAUCACGUUACUGGCCAACAAGGGUCUAUUGUCGAUGCUCUUCACGCAAAAUAUCGACUGUCUCGAGCGUGAGGCAGGUGUCCCCGAUGAGCUGAUUGUGGAGGCACACGGCAGUUUCGCAACACAGCGAUGCAUCGAGUGCAAGCGCACAUUCCCGGACGACAAGAUGAAGCAGUAUGUUCUCAAGGGCGAAGUUCCGCAUUGCCUGGAUAAACAGUGCGAUGGUCUGGUGAAGCCCGACAUCGUCUUCUUCGGAGAGCAGCUUCCCGCAUCCUUCUACAACAAUAGAUCAGUGCCUGCGAUGGCAGACCUUGUACUUAUCCUCGGCACGAGUCUGACCGUUCAUCCUUUCGCAAGCCUACCAGAGCUCGUCCGGGAUGGUGUUCCCCGAGUUCUCUUCAAUAUGGAGAGGGUCGGCAGCCUCGGUACCAAGAGUGAUGACGUGCUUGUGCUGGGUGACUGUGAUUCGGGAGUACGCAGACUCGCAGAUGAGCUCGGCUGGAGGGAUGAGCUUGAGGAAUUGUGGCGAGUCACAGUCGGAGAGAAGGAGGCCGCCAAGCAACUGCAAAGCUCUAAGCAGCGCGAGGAGAAGCUUGAAGAUGAGGUUUCGAGACUGGCAGACGAAGUGGAGAGUGGCCUUAAGCUGGCCAAUGGCGAUACCGAUACCACACCUGAGGACAGCCACACCGAGAAGGAGUUUUGUCCUGCGACUCAUGGGUCAUCGAAAGCCUCUGAAAUCAUUAGUGAACAGUCAGAGACCAAGGCAUCACCUGUUGUUGCCAAGGAGUUAUCCAAGAGUGAAGCUACUUACAAGUCUCAACCAGAGGAUGAAAAGAACACCAUUCAAGAGACCAACGGUGUACAGACACCCCACACUACUGGGAAGAAUUCUGAAUUGGCCCCUGAGGUGAAGACCGAAAAUGGAGAGGCAUUCAAUCCCGCGCUUCUGCCCAAGCUCGCCUAA